AUGGUUCGAAACUCCAGAACGUUUAGGAAGCGUAUCAGUUCUACCUGCUUGAAACGUCGAGUUACGGAAUCUUCCGAUUUGACGAAGACAAAAGAAAGUCUCGAGACGAGACAGAAUGCUGUGUCCUUGCGUCGACGUGUGACUUCACUGAGCAGCAACGCUGCUGCAUCUCAAGGUGAUGCAAAUUCCCACGGUCACUCUCGAUCUAACUUCCAUACAGAACGACGCCGACGCUUGCAGACGGUUAUCCGAGAGAUUUACCAGGGUGUUCGGCGCGCACACCUGGUGGCUCGUUGGUCGCAAGUGAUUGAUUUGAUGCAGUCGAAUCGACAUCUAUUAAGGGACCAGUUGCGCACUGCAAAAGCUGCGAAUUUGUCCGCAUCUUCUGUGCUCGCAUCGGAUGAUCUGCUCUCGUUAAGCAACGAUCCAGCGAUGCUGUCAUCGCCUCCCCCGACUGCAGCACAACAUCAAGCCAUACUGGCGGAACCUGUUGAAAUCCCUCAACUGUAUAAUCAGUUCGGUCGUUUUGAGGCACGAAUCGGAGGCAAACUGUACCGGGUUGGGUUGAACAUGAUUCCCCAGAUUGAUCCUGUUCCCCAAAUGUGCACUUGGGCUCCGGUCCAACAUAAUUUUUCCGUGGAGGAUGAAACAGAAUUAUCAAACUUACCAUAUAUGGGUGAUGAUCAGGCACAAGAGGAUGCGAGCUUUCUCGAGGAAUUGCUAAACAAUUAUGACGGUCGUUUGCAUGGCAAUUUCCCAUUUGAUUUUGAGGAGGUAUUCCUCGGUCCGUUGGUCAGUGAAGUAGCCAGACAUUGGCCUGAAAUUAGCCGCAAAUGCGGUUUACCUGUCGCCAAUUCAGGGAUAACAGACCGAGGGCUUCCGGAGUCAGAAACUCACAAUGCAUUGGGGGAUACAACAAAGGCCGCAUCUCGCACAGACUCCAAGUCACCCCUUGUAUCUGCGACACGGAAGUCCAAACGAAUUCGCUCGGACACGGAUCCGGAUCCGGAUAACCAACCNCCAACCACUUCCCACCUCCUCACCGGCUGUGAAACGCUCGAGACGCUGCCGGUGGCCUACUCGGAAUUCCCUAAAUAACAAGUCGACGGUCAUGCACUUCGUUCCGCGUCGUGUACGAGCAGUCCAGUCAAAUCUGAGGAAUCCGACUUAGUCGCCCGCUCUAAAUCUGUCUCCGGCGGACAGACCGUGCGGAAUGAUUUUACGGAACAGUCACCACACGGUACUACUUCAAAUUCUCUUACGCGCGCUUUGGACUCACCCGUUAGUGUCAUGCAGUGUAAUACAAAUAGUCCUCUCCGAAUCAGACGAACCAGUGGUCCCAGUGUUCCGGAUGCCGUUUUCACAGCCAUUGCUGGUACCUUUGGCUCUACAGAUGAUGUUGUCAAGCUGCAGACUCGCUUCUUUGAGCAGAAAGAACGAACGUCCAAUUCACAC